UCAGGGAUGAAUAAUGAAAAACCAAUAGAAUGAAGAAUUUAUGUUGAAGAAUAUCCUUGGAAAUCUAUCAUCACUAGUCAAAAUAACCAACAUGACCUCAAGACGACCUCAGUCAGCCAGGCACUCUUAUGUGGAAAGGGAUAUAGGGGAGGAUUCAUUUCCGCAUGUUCCCAUUUCAUCUGGGGGAACGCAAGACAACCCAAGAGGUUUAGAAGGAGACUAUGGCAAUGUAGCUUUGCUACUGUUUUUAUAUGUACUUCAGGGUAUACCUCUCGGAGUAGCAGGCAGUGUUCCUAUGCUGCUGCAAAGCCGAGAUGUUAGUUAUAAAGAACAAGCUGUGUUCAGUUUUGUAUUUUGGCCAUUCAGCAUUAAAUUGAUAUGGGCACCACUUGUGGAUUCAAUGUAUCUUCCAUCUUUUGGAAGAAGGAAGAGUUGGCUGGUUCCAAUUCAGUAUCUGAUUGGUGUAUUCAUGAUGUUAUUAUCAUAUAAAGUAGACUCUUUGAUAGGCAGCGAGAAAAGUGGUGGUGGAGUGAGUAUAUACAUGCUUACAGCUAUUUUCUUCAUGCUGAAUUUUCUGGCUGCCACUCAAGACAUAGCAGUUGAUGGCUGGGCCUUAACGAUGCUAUCUAAGAGAAAUGUUGGCUGGGCAAGCACAUGUAAUACUGUUGGACAAACUGCAGGGUAUUUUCUGGGAAACAUUCUAUUCUUAGCCUUGGAGUCAGCAGAUUUUUGUAACAAGUACCUGAGAAGUGAACCUCAGGAAACUGGAGUUGUUACCCUUGCUGGAUUUAUGUUCUUCUGGGGCAUCGUUUUCUUUGUAACAACUACCCUGGUUAUGAUUAUGAAACAUGAAACUGAUGACCCUGAUGCGGACAGUGAACAAGGUAUCAUCGACACAUACAAACAGCUGAUCAAGGUCAUUCGCUUACCUCCUAUCAUCUCUUAUGCCAUCAUCCUUCUAACAGUCAAGAUAGGAUUUGCUGCUGCUGAUUCACUAACAGGUCUGAAGUUGAUUGAGGCUGGAAUGAAAAAGGAGACGUUAGCUCUGUUUGCAGUUCCCAUGAUUCCUAUUCAGAUCAUUCUACCACUGAUCAUCAGUAAAUACACGGCCAGCAAAACUCCCAUGGAUGUGUUUCUGCGUGCAAUGCCAUUUAGAUUACUCCUAGGACUGGUGUAUGCUUUCAUGGUGUGGAUGGCAUCCAGGGUACAGCCUAGUCCUGGAGUUUUCCCCAUCUCAUUUUAUGUAUUCAUAUUAAUUGUUUAUGCUGUACAUCAGGUGACAUUGUAUAGCAUGUUUGUAUCGGGCAUGGCUUUUCAUGCUAAAAUCAGUGACCCUGCCAUAGGAGGCACAUACAUGACACUGCUCAACACCCUAUCCAAUCUAGGUGGUAACUGGCCUAGUACAAUGGCACUGUGGUUAGUGGAUGGCUUGACAUGGAAGAGUUGUAUUGGAGCAAUGGGGAGUUGUGAGAAAUCAGCACCACUAGAAGAGCAAUGUACACAGCAUGGUGGUGUAUGUGAGACCAAUAUAGAUGGAUAUUAUAUAGAGUCUAUUCUUCUGAUAGCUGUAGGAUUCCUGUGGUACAUAUGGAGAUACAGAAAAGUUAAACAGCUCGACAGACUUGAUGUUUCUGCUUGGAAAUGCUCCUGAUCUAACUCUCAAGCUUAGCACUAACAAACAUUCCUGUGUUUUGAUAUUAUUUGAUGCAAUCAGAAUUUAGUAUACACUGUAUGUAUUCAAAAAAUUGUUUUCUUGUUUAUUCUUCAUCAGCUCAAAUUGUGUACAUACAGAUAUUUCUAUUAAUAUCACUGUUAAUUGGAAUGAAUUUUUGAUAGAUAAAUCUGAAUCUCUCGAUUAACACUGGGUGUUACAGAGUCAGAGGCAGUUCAAAAGAAAUAUUUAUAUGGACUUUUACUUUGUCUUAAAAUAUAUCACUCCAGAACUAUUUUGGUUUUUGUUGUGUUUGUUGAUAUUUUUUAGGUAGGGUACAAAAAAGUGAUUUUGUUUCUUUUGUUUUAUAUUUUUAAAUGUCAAAGGAAAGUUAUGGAUAAAUAAUGUAAUGCU